AUGAGCUGCAGGUUUGUGGCCCCUGGAACUGGGAGUUUCCAGAGAAGAUCAGAGCCAAAGAACAUCAGCCCUGGAUCUGGAAGUUGUUAUAGAUCAAGAGCUAGGAAUUAUGAUUCUGCAUCUGGACUCUGUUACAGACUGCGAGCCAGGAAUUAUGAACCUGUAUCUAGAAGCUGUUACAGAUUAAAAGCUGGAAAUUAUGAACCAGUAUCUGGAAGCUGUUAUGGAUCAAAAGCUGGGACUUAUGAACCAGCAUCUCUAAGCUGUCACGGAUUCAGAGCUAGGAAUUAUGAACCUCCAUCUGGAAGCUGUUACGGAUUCAGAGCUAGGAAUUAUGAACCUCCAUCUGGAAGCUGUUACGGAUUCCACAUCUAG